UGAAAGUGAAACUUCAUCCGACUCUAUCAUUUUAUUGACAUCAGGCAUGGUCUGCACUGCAGUGAAUGUAAAACAGAAAGCAAAUAGUACGAUCUAUACUGUUCAAGGUGAAGUCAGUCUAACAUUAGAUGCCAUUAACACCACCCCAACAAUGGCUUUCUCUACCAUAUGUUUAAAACAUUUGAUAUUGAUCAUGUGUGUUCCACAUAUACAUUCUGCAAUAUUGGACUCUGAAUUUUGUGAAGCCUCACAAAGUACACAGACUGAAGUUGUUAAAUGCCCUACAGAUGAACUUACAUGGAGUAGAGCUGCAGAGAUGAAGAACUGUUCACAUUAUAAUCAUAAAUGUAAAGGACAACUUUCAUAUCACUGUGUCAUAAAUCCAUGGCAGAAUGCCACAGUUGAAGUAUGUGCACCAGAAACUCAAAUUAAUGCAGGGCAUUGUGCAGAAUACAAUCUAAGAGGUGGAAAAAUCCAGGAGUUUUAUAAGAAGACCUGUGAAGAUUGUACGAAUGAAUACAUCUCAACAGAAGCUUAUAAAUAUCAGGAAUGCUAUGAAGAAGUCUAUAAAAUCCAUGCAAAGAGAACAAGACAUAUACUGAAAUCAAAAGGAUUUUUUGAUCCAGAUAGUGUAUCUCAAUCAACACAUGAAAAAGUUGAAACAAAGCAAGCUUUUGCCAACAUAGGCCGCAGCCCAGAAGGAUGCUAUUUCUGUGUGAUAGUAGUUAUCUGUUUUGUAAUUGUUCAUUUCAAUUAUUUAUAAACAAAAAAUCAAGAAGUUGAUACACAUUUUACUUCCAUUAUGUUCUUUUCUGCUUAAAAAAGGAGAACACUUAUUUAUGCACUUCAGUGCAUAAUUUUUUGAGUGCUUAAU